CGCGUCACUGCGUGUGGGACCCACAUGUCACAUAAUGUCACACUCAAUGGAUCCGCAAAAUACUAUAAAUACCCCAAACACAAGACAAUGCCAAGUCACCUACGUUCCAGAAGCUGCUCCUCAGUUUCUCCAAACCCAAUCUCUCAUCACCCCAGGGACCUGUCAGAUUUAGUUAAGGGUUUUACAUCAUCACUGUUUAAAGAUAACAUAGAUAUGGAAGCCUCCCAUGACAUCAAGAUCAAGGAUGACAAGCCAGAUGAUGUAAAGGAAGACAAGAUUAAGGUAGAACUGGAACUGAAGGCUAAAUCAGUUGAGAAAGAGCAUCCAAAAUGUAAGGAAGAGAAGAAACAUAAAGAUGAAGAAAAAUCAAAGAAAAAGAAGAAAGAGAAGGAGGAAGAUGAGGAGGGAGAGAAAAAAGAAAAUGCUAUAGAAGAAAAAGGAGGGGAUGGUGAAGAGAAAAAGAAAAAGGAGAAGGAUAAGAAGGAGAAGGAAGAGAAGAAGAAAAAGGAAAAGAAAGACAAGGUUGACAAAACUGAUGUAGACAAGGUCAAGGGGAAAGAAGAUGAUGGGAAGGAUGAUGAAGAGAAGAAGAAGGAAAAAAAGAAAAAGGAAAAGAAAGACAAGGAUGAUAAAAUUGAUGCAGAGGAGGUCAAGGGAAAAGUAGAUGAUGGGGAGGAUGAUGAAGAGAAGAAGGAAAAGAAGGAGAAGGGAAAGAAGAAAAAGGAAAAGAAGGAAAAAGAUGACAAAAUCGAUGCAGAGAAUGAUCAGGGGAGAAAAGAUGAUGGGGAGGAUGGUGAAGAGAAGAAGGAAAAGAAGGACAAGGAGAAGAAGAAAAAGGAAAAGAAGGACGAAGACAUAGAAGAAGGAGAUGGUGAUGGUGAAGAGAAGAAGAAAAAGAAAGAGAAGGAGAAAAAAAAGGAAAAGAAGGACAAGGAUGAAGAAGCAGGCACAUUAAAGAAAAAGGAUAAGAAGGAGAAAGAUCACAAAAAGGAGAAGAAGGAUAGAGAUGAGGAGCGGGAUGGAAAAAAAGAGGGUGAGAAAACGGAUAGCAAGGCUGAAGUUUCGGUAAGGGAUAUUGAUAUAGAAGAAAUCAGAAAGGAAGGUGAAAAAAGAGAUAAAGAAAACGAUGGUGGGAAGGAAGUGAAAGAGAAGAAAAAGAAAGAAGAAAAAGACAAGAAGGAGAAGAAAAAAGAUACUGGAAAGGACAAGACCAAGGAUCUUAGCUCACUUAAGCAAAAGCUUGAAAAAAUUAACGGAAAACUAGAAUCACUCCUCGAAAAGAAAGCUGAUAUAGAAAGGCAGAUAAAACAAGCCGAAACUGAGGGUCAUGUUGUCAACGAGAAGGUCAAGGAUGAGGUACAGUAGUUGUUCAGGAUACACUUAUACUGUUUUGAGUAAUAUACAAAAUAUGUUUGCUCUUUAUAAGUUGUUUUGUGUAAUAAAGCUGUCUUUUUAUUUGAGUGAGAAGUGAUACAUUUGUGCACAUUCUUAUGCUUCAUGUGGGAUUUGAUUCAAUGGAUGCCUUACUUAAUGUGCAAACAUCUGGCGAUCUAUUUCUUAAAUCCCGGAUUCAACUAAUAUCUGAGAUUCUAUGCUUAAGAUCGAGAACACAUAAUGAAAAGGUCAAUAAAGAAGAACCAUCCAGGGAAAUUAAUGACCAGUUACGUAUUAAGAUAUGUGGCUUUUGCAGUAUAGAACAAAAAUUUCAACAAAAUCAAGCAGAUCUAUUGGACUAACUUUUGCACUCUAAAGUUAACGAAAGAUUGGUUGGUAUGCGUUAUCUGCAAAUUUUUGCUUUGUUUAUAGACCAAAGAUAAAACUACCCAGUCUCACAAAUGCCAUACCACAACAGUUACCAUUUUUAAAAGUAUUUUAUGUCACAUGGCAUGAUCUGAAAGAAAAAUAGAGUACAGGUUUCUUUGUUUUGACAAUAUGCCACUUAUAGGGUUGUGGUUAGAGAGGCAUGCAAAAUGAUGUUCUCUGUAACUUACUAUCUGGGAUGCUGUAUUUCCUCAGUAGUUUAGAUUUCAGACAAAAGAGAUGCAGUGAGGUUAACAGACCCAUCACAAUCUUGCAUCAUGAAAAAUGUUUAUGAAAUAAUGUCUACCGUUAUAAACUUA